AUGGGGAUAUCAAACUUGCUACAAUUUUUGAAGCCCAUAAUAAAGAACUCACAUAUCAGCAAAUAUAAAAAUGAAGUCGUUGGUGUCGAUAUAAUGUGCUGGAUACACCGUGGGUUAAUUAGUUGUGCUUACGAUAUCGUGACCGAUCAAUAUAAUGAUAGUUAUUUAAAUUUCAUUGAGAAAAUGUUAAUACCAAUAUAUAAUCAUAACAUAAAGGUUGUGUUUGUUUUUGAUGGAGAAGAAUUACCUGAGAAAAAAAAAGAAAAUAUGAUAAGGAAGAAUAGAAGAGAAAAAGCAAAAAUGGAAUUACAAGAAAUAAUUAGCAAAGUAAAAAACCCAAGAACUAAUGAAAUGGUUUUAAAGAAAUGUAUACAAGCUAUAAGUGUUUCUAAAGAAAUAAUUGAUAGUGUAAAAGAGUUCUGUAGAAAAAAAAAUAUUGAUUAUAUAAUAUCUCCUUAUGAAGCUGAUGCUCAAUUAUCGUAUUUAUGUAGAAUGGGAUUUAUAUCAUGUGCUAUUAGUGAAGAUAGUGAUUUAUUAGUUUAUGGUUGCCCUAGGGUAUUAUAUAAAUUAAAAAAUACUGGUGAAUGUAAUGAAAUUAGCUUAAUGCCCAUUAAUGAUCUUAUUGAUUGGAAUAUAAUUAAUAAAAUAAAGAAUCCAUUAUCUAAUAGUUAUAAUGAAUUUUAUAUUACACCUAUUAAAAAAUUACAAAAUUCAGAUGAUUAUGAUUCAGAUAUAUCUUUAGAUGAAGAAACUUCCGUCGAAUGUAUUAUGAAUGAUCCAUAUGUUCAAAACGAUAAUGAAUUUAUAAAUAUAUCAAAAAAAACAAAAAGUAUAGUAAAUUGUAAUAAUAACAAUAAGAAAAAAAAAAAAAAAAAAAAUAAAAAAAAAAAUAUGCAAAAAUCAAAAUGUGAUAAUAUUAUUAAACAAUAUAUUCAAAGAUUUGAUUGGCCUGAAGAAUUAUUUAAAUUACAAUAUUUUAAUAUAGAUAUGUUUUUAACUAUGUGUGUUCUAAGUGGAUGUGAUUAUAGUAAUGAUUUCCAUAUAACUGGUAUGGGUAUAAAAACUGCGUAUAACUUAAUAUUCCAACAUAAAAAUAUUGAAAAUAUAUUUCAUUUUCUUAUAUCUAAUGAUAGAUGGAGAAAUAAAAUACCAGAAAAUUUAAAUACAUUUGAUAAAUUAAUGAAUACAUUUCAAAAAAUUAAAAAUGCAUUUCUAAAUCAUCAAGUUUAUGAUUUUAUAUUGCGUAAAAAUAUUCCAAUUAAUGAAUCUUUUAAAUCAUCUUUUGUAAAUAAAAAUAGCCAUUUCAUUAUUCAACAAAUAACAGACGCAUCUUUAUUAUAUGACCCAUUAUUAAAAAUUGAUAACUGUUUAAAUAUAUAUCCACAAAUAAAUGAUAUCCCAUUGAGUUCCCCACAAAUACGGGACGAUGAUUAUAAUAAAAAUGAUGACACACAUAAUGAAGGUGGUCAUAAUAUUAAGAUAAAUCAUGACACACAUAAUGAAGCUGGUCAUAAUAUUAAGAUAAAUCAUGACACACAUAAUGAAGCUGGUCAUAAUAUUAAGAUAAAUGAUGACACACAUAAUGAAGCUGGUGAUAAUAUUGAGAUAAAUCAUGACACACAUAAUAAAGGUGGUCAUAAUAUUAAGAUAAAUCAUGAUACACAUAAUAAAGGUGAUGAUAAUAUUAAGAUAAAUGAUGAUACACAUAAUAAAGGUGGUGAUAAUAUUAAGAUAAAUCAUGAUACACAUAAUAAAGGUGGUGAUAAUAUUAAGAUAAAUCAUGAUACACAUAAUAAAGGUGAUGAUAAUUUUAAUAUAAAUAGUGUUAAUUGUUCUUUUUAUAAUAACCAUCACAUGUACACACAAUCAUCUAAGUCAACAUCCUUUGAAAAUAUUUUUAAAGAUUUUACAUCUGAAUGUUUUGAAUAUCUAGAAAUUUCUCCCCCAUCAUUCAUAGAUCCUCAAAAUAAUAACAUUCCAAAUAAUUCUAAAAGUGAAUAUUUUCAUAAUAUAAUAACACAAGAACAAGUAAUUCAACAAACAGAUGUAUGUCGCCCACUCCUUCAUAAAGAUACUAACAUAUCAAACGAAAUAAAUGAUGAAUAUCAUCAUCUCAUUUCAGAUGUAACAUAUAAUGAAUAUAAAAACAAAACAAUAGAAAAUUGUAAUGAACGUAUUAAUAAAAGAAAAACAGAUGAUUAUAUACCAUCAUUCAAUUUAAAAAAAAAAAUGAAAACAGCCUCAGUCCAUACCUCUUCCAGUAAUUCACAAGAUAAUUUAACAAUACAACAUAUAGAAGCACUUGAUUGUAAUAAUCAAAAUGUUAAUGAUAACGAAGAAAAGAAAAAUAUAUAUGAAAACAGUUGUAGUUAUGAUAAAACCUUUAAUUCUGAACGUGUGAACAUUUUUUCGAUGUAUGAUAAUAAUUAUCAAAUGUGGGAAAAGAAGGAUGACCUUUUGAAAAAAAAUUACAAUUCUUUCCAUGCUAAUAAUAUAAUGGAAACAUAUAAUGAUCAUUACGUAAAUAAAACAUAUGACGAACAUGGUAAUAAUAAAGUUAAUAUAAAUAUAUGCGAUGAUAUCAGUACUACUAAUAAUGAUCAUAAUGAAGAAAUGCUUGAUGAAAAAAAAGAAUUUGCUGAAAUAAAAAGUGCUAAAAAUAUUUACGAAAAUAUGAGAAAAAACUUUUUUCUUUUUAAAACAUUAAAUGAAGAUAUUAACACACCUAUUAAGUGUUUAAAUGUUAAAGGGAAAAUGAAUGUGCAGGAUAAUUGUGAACAAGAUGAUAAAGUGGCAAAUCUAAAAAGUGAUAAAAUGACAGAAGAACAAAAUGAAAAAUGUGAUAAUAUAUUAAAUGAAAAAUGUAAUAAUAUAUUAAAUGAAAAAUGUAAUAAUAUAUUAAAUGAAAAAUGUGAUAAUGUGCUAAAUAAUACACCCAAUCUUAUAACGAAUUGUAUACAAAAUAAAAUGACCACCUUAUUACAAAUAACAGAAGAAAAUUUUUUUAAUGACCAGAACAAAAAUGAUACAAGUUUUAAUAAAGAUUUCCAUACAAAUAAAACAUACUUAAAUAAGAAACCUACUGAAAUUAAUUUUCCAAUAAAUGAAAAAAAAAAAAAUGAUCUGUUAAGAAACCCUUUAGAAGAAAGUAGAAAAUCUUCCCUUAUAUCUUAUAAAAAUAAAACUCCUUCAAAAAAUGUUAAUUCUAAAAGCCAAUUAAGGAUCACUAGUUUUUUUAAAAGGAUAGAUAAAAAAACAAAUGAAAAUCAUAACAUGCAUAGUACACAAAAAAUAUUUAAUGAACAUAAUAAUAAUAAUCCUAAUGAUAAUAUACAAAAUGACAAAUUUUAUAACAAUGUAUUUAUGAAUUCACCAAUAAACUAUUCUGUAGAAUAUUCUGAAGAAGAUUACAUAAACUCUUUUAAUGACAACUAUUCAGAUAUGAAAACCUUUCAAAAAUUAAAAAAAAAAACAAAAAGAAAUAUUAAAAAUACACCUCAAAGUUAUAGUAUUAAAGACCAUUUUGCCGUUUCGUUACAAAGUCAAGAUAAAAAUGACAAAUUAAGUUUUACCAAUUAUAAUUCCUUAGAAAAAGAUAUAUUUUUAAAUCAAAGUGAAAAAGAGUUACAAUCUAAGCAUAAUUCAAUUAAUAAAGAAAAAAAUCAAAAUAACCAUUUACAAAUAUCCUCCUUAACAAAUGAUGAUAAUAUUACAAUGAAUAAUCAUACAUCAAAUUUAAAUACACAACAAAAUGAGCAACAAAGUUCAAACAAUAAUACAAUUAUAAUCCACUCAAAUAAUCAUCAACCAAAUUUCUCUAACGAAAAUGUAAUAUCUAAUAAUGUAUUCACAGAACAAGAUACAUAUAAUAAACAUAUCACUGUACUCAAAUCUACAGAGAAAGUACAAAAUCAAAGUAUAGAAAAAAAUAAAGAAACUUCACAAAAAAUUAAUGUGGAAUAUAUACUUCAAAAUCUUAAUUAUAACUAUCAGCCAAAAAAUCAAAAAAUUAAUACUUUUGAUUAUUUCAAGGAGAAAGAAAAUGUUAACCAUUGUAAUCCUUACAUUGAUCAUAAUUUAUAA